UGGGGAUGAUCGGUGAAGGGAUGUAGAUGGGGUAGAUCGUGGUUUUUGGGGGAUUUUCGGUUGCGAGAUGCACGCGUUCCGAUUUGCUGUUGGCAGCAGUGGGUGUGAAGGUCAAACACGGAAGUGCAGAGAGAGGCUAGAAAAGAUUUUUGGUUAACGUCAAAAAGGCGAGAGCAACAUACGAUUUUUGGGAAGGAUUUAGUGAGAGAAAGAUUUAUAUAUAUAUAUGUAUGUGUAUAAUAUAUCUAUAUCUAUAUAAAUAUAUAUAUAGUUAGCGGUAGAGGCGGUGAGGAAGAGACGGAGGAGUAUUAUUUAUACAAAUCAGAUCUGUGAUACAAGUAUUUUUUACGGUGAACGCAAAUCCGAAGAGAAGUUUAUUAGUAUCUAAUACAUAAUACACACACACACAUACACACAUACAAAAGUGUGAAGGAAGAAAAUAGUUUGCUGAAGACAACAUCAAGCGAGAGAGAGAGACGAAAACCCAUUUGAAAUAUAUAUAUAUAAACGAUUUUAUAGUUUAUAUAUUCAUAGAUAGAUAGAAACAAAUAAACUACAAUAAUGUCUAACAAAUUCGAAGCCUUAAAACUCCACAUGGAGAACAACUCAGACAGCGGCAGCGGCGAGGACGAGAUAAACAACAUUGUGAUGGACCUGGGCCCAGUGGAUUAUCCACCGGGGGAGCACAGGUUGCAGCACGCUUAUUGCCUGUGGUUCUCGCAGAGGCCGUCCAUCAGUGCCCGGAAUGCACACGUGCAAGGCACACUGGGUUACAGUCAGGCACUGCGAUUGGUCGGUCAGGUGGGCACGGUGGAGCAGUGGUGGGCCCUGUACAGUCACAUCAAACGGUUGCACGACCUGCCGCAGUACGCGGAUCUGCACCUGUUCAAGAAGGGCAUACAGCCGAUGUGGGAGGAUCCUGCCAAUCAGAAGGGUGGCAAAUGGGUUAUUAGGGUUAAGAAAGGGCAGGCGAAUAGGGCAUGGGAAAACCUGUGCAUGGCAAUGUUGGGGGAACAGUUCAUGGCGGGUAAUGAGAUAUGUGGUGUUGUUGUUUCUGUUCGGUUUCAAGAAGACCUGCUCAGUAUUUGGAACCGAAACGCAUCGGAUCAAAUGACAACACACCGUAUCCGGGACGCCCUGAAGCGGCUACUUAACUUAUCUGUCACCACAACCAUGGAGUACAAAACACACAAUGAUAGCCUUAAAAACAAGCUAAUAACAUCAUCAUCAACAACAACAACAACAACUUCUUCUACAACAACAUCCACCUAUGAGCUACAACUGCUACAACAACAGCAACCACAAAAUUGAUGAUCUUGAUGAUGAUGAUGAUAAUAAUAAACACGAGUGAUGAUGAGAAUAUAUACUUAUAUAUAUAUAUUUACAUUAUUUUUUUGUUGUUGUUUUCGUCGGUUUGGCUCGAUUCUGUUAAUUUCUUUUCGAAGGAAACUAAAAAAAAAAAUAAGUUACAUGAGAAUCAAACCGGACGUUAAUAAUAAUAAUAAUAUUUUGACUUUUACCAAGAAAUAAACAAACAAAUAAGUUUUAAUCGAUUAUACUAAUGAC